AUGGCUUCAUCUAGAAUGAUGGCAUCAAACGAUGUCCAAUCCCCCGAUUCAAACGCCCUACGACUCGAAGAGAACCUGGAGCAGGCACCCUCCAACGCUGACCAUGCCGUCUCGACAAACGAGUUUGACAUCCCCAAAUGGAAGUCAAUUGUCAUGGUCAUCUCCUCCUUUACCAUAGUAUUCACCUGCUGCGGCCUGAACUUUGCCUUCGGCGUCUACCAAGCCUUGUACGAAGCCAUGGCUCUGAAGCCCGACACGCCAUUCACGGGAGCCUCUCCCGCGCAAAUCGACUUGAUCGGCACGCUAUCCAUCUCCUUGAUGACAAUGGGCGCUCCCUUUAUCGUAGCAUGGGCCAAGCGCUUUUCUCCCCACAGGGUCUCGUUUGUCGGCGGCAUUGUCUUCGGGCUGUCCCUCAUCCUCGCCAGCUUUGGCACCAGACUCUGGCACUUUACGCUCAGUCAAGGUUUGCUUCUUGGCUUUGGCACAUGCUCAUCAUACAUGACGGCUGUAACAGUUGCUCCGACUUGGUUCACGACGCAUCGAGGCUUGGCCAUGGGAAUCAUCCUCUCCGGCACUGGCGUGGGAGGUCUUGUUUGGGCACCGGCCCUUAAAGCAUGCAACGAUCAAAUCGGCUUCCGAAACACCCUCCGACUUACGGGAGGUGUCUCAUCCUUCCUCGUCACGGCUGCAAGUUUUUCCAUGGCCUGGGAACCAAGAACCAGGGCUCAACUUCAAGUGGUUAAUGCAGCCCGCGUCAGUCGUGCCGAUGGAAUCUUUAACGUUCCCCUCGUCGAUCUCCGAGUCGCAAAAUCGCAGAGAUUCCUAGCUCAGGCCCUCAGCGCCAUCUUCCAAGCCGCUGCAUAUUACACUCCAGUCUUCUUCUUUGCAUCCUACGCUGCCACUCUUGGAUACAGCACUACAGCAGGCGCAAACUUUAUCGCAAUCAGCAACGCAUGCAACGCCGUCGGAAAGAUUGUCAUCGGCCACGCAGCUGAUCGCAUCGGGCGACUCAACUCACUCUUCAUGACCACCCUUCUGAGUGCCGUAGUCACUCUGGGCUUUUGGCUGCCCUCGACAUUACAUGGCCAAGCCUCAAGCUCCCAAAACCUCUUCAUCACGUUCACCAUCUUCUACGGCAUUUUUGCCAGCGCUUACAUCUCCCUCUUCCCCGCCAGCCUAGUAGAGCUCUUCGGUCCGCAAAACUUUGCUUCUGUCAAUGGCGUGCUGUACAUGGUUCGUGGCAUGGCCACCAUGAUCGGCACUCCCGUAGGCGGUGUUCUCAUCCGGACCUCAAGCACUAACAUUGGGCCCAAGGCAUAUGAACGAAUGUCGAUACUGGUUGGAACACUGAUGUGUGCCGCCACUGUUGCCGUCCUUUGGGUGAGACUGGAGGCCAUGGUUGGAACCGACGGCAAGCGGAGGUGGAAGUGGAAGCUGUAA